CCCGGGGCCACCAUGGAGCGCGACGGCUGCGCGGGGGGCGGGAGCCGCGGCGGCGAGGGCGGGCGCGCUCCCUGGGAGGGCCCCGCGGGGAACGGCCGCGAUCCGGGCCGCAGCCACGCUGCCGAGGCGCCCGGGGACCCGCAGGCGGCCGCGUCCUUGCUGGCACCCAUGGACGUGGGGGAGGAGCCGCUGGAGAAGGUGGCGCGCGCCCGCACGGCCAAGGACCCCAACACCUAUAAAGUGCUCUCGCUGGUAUUGUCAGUAUGUGUGUUAACAACAAUACUUGGUUGUAUAUUUGGGCUGAAACCAAGCUGUGCCAAAGAAGUUAAAAGUUGCAAAGGUCGCUGUUUUGAGAGAACAUUUGGGAACUGUCGCUGUGAUGUUGCUUGUGUUGAGCUUGGAAACUGCUGUUUAGAUUACCAGGAGACGUGUAUAGAGCCAGAACAUAUAUGGACUUGCAACAAAUUCAGGUGUGGUGAGAAAAGGUUGACCAGAAGCCUCUGUGCCUGUUCGGAUGACUGCAAGGACCAAGGGGACUGCUGCAUCAACUACAGUUCUGUGUGUCAAGGUGAAAAAAGUUGGGUAGAAGAACCAUGUGAGAACAUUAAUGAGCCACAGUGCCCAGCAGGGUUUGAAACGCCUCCUACCCUUUUAUUUUCUUUGGAUGGAUUCAGGGCAGAAUAUUUACACACUUGGGGUGGACUUCUUCCUGUUAUUAGCAAACUAAAGAAGUGUGGAACAUAUACUAAAAACAUGAGACCAGUAUAUCCAACAAAAACGUUUCCCAAUCACUACAGCAUUGUCACUGGAUUGUAUCCAGAAUCUCAUGGCAUAAUUGACAAUAAAAUGUAUGAUCCCAAAAUGAAUGCUUCCUUUUCACUUAAAAGUAAAGAGAAAUUUAAUCCUGAGUGGUACAAAGGAGAACCGAUUUGGCUCACUGCUAAGUAUCAAGGCCUCAAGUCUGGCACAUUUUUCUGGCCAGGAUCAGAUGUGGAAAUUAAUGGAAUUUUCCCAGACAUCUAUAAAAUGUAUAAUGGUUCAAUACCAUUUGAAGAAAGGAUUUUAGCUGUUCUUCAGUGGCUACAGCUUCCUAAAGAUGAAAGACCACACUUUUACACUCUGUAUUUAGAAGAACCAGAUUCUUCAGGUCAUUCAUAUGGACCAGUCAGCAGUGAAGUCAUCAAAGCCUUGCAGAGGGUUGACAGCAUGGUUGGUAUGCUAAUGGAUGGUCUGAAAGAGCUGAACUUGCACAGAUGCCUGAACCUCAUCCUUAUUUCGGAUCAUGGCAUGGAACAAGGCAGUUGUAAGAAAUACAUAUAUCUGAAUAAAUAUUUGGGGGAUGUUAAAUAUAUUAAAGUUAUCUAUGGACCUGCAGCUCGAUUGAGACCCUCUGAUGUCCCAGAUAAAUACUUUUCAUUUAACUAUGAAGCCAUCGCUCGAAAUCUUUCUUGCCGGGAACCAAACCAGCACUUCAAACCUUACCUGAAACAUUUCUUACCUAAGCGUUUGCACUUUGCCAAGAAUGAUAGAAUUGAGCCCUUGACAUUCUAUUUGGACCCUCAGUGGCAACUUGCAUUGAAUCCCUCAGAAAGGAAAUAUUGUGGAAGUGGAUUUCAUGGCUCUGACAACACAUUUUCAAAUAUGCAAGCCCUCUUUAUUGGCUAUGGACCUGGAUUCAAGCACGGCACUGAGGUUGACACCUUUGAAAACAUUGAAGUCUAUAACUUAAUGUGUGAUUUACUGAAUUUGACACCAGCUCCUAACAACGGAACUCACGGAAGUCUUAACCACCUUCUAAAGAAUCCUGUUUAUACCCCAAAGCAUCCCAAAGAAGUUCAUCCCCUGGUACAGUGCCCCUUCACAAGAAACCCCAGAGAUAACCUUGGCUGCUCAUGUAACCCUUCGAUUUUGCCAAUUGAGGAUUUUCAGACACAGUUUAAUCUGACUGCAGCAGAAGAGAAGAUUAUUAAGCAUGAAACUUUACCCUAUGGAAGACCCAGAGUUCUCCAGAAGAAAAACACCAUCUGUCUUCUUUCCCAGCGCCAGUUUAUGAGUGGAUACAGCCAAGACAUCUUAAUGCCCCUUUGGACAUCCUAUACCGUGGACAGAAAUGACAGUUUCUCUACAGAAGACUUUUCUAACUGUCUCUACCAGGACUUUAGAAUUUCCCUUAGUCCUGUUCAUAAAUGUUCAUUUUAUAAAAAUAACACCAAAGUGAGUUACGGGUUCCUCUCCCCACCACAACUACAUAAAAAUUCAAGUGGAAUAUAUUCUGAAGCUUUGCUUACUACAAAUAUAGUGCCAAUGUACCAGAGUUUUCAAGUUAUAUGGCGCUACGUUCAUGACACCCUACUGCGAAAGUAUGCUGAAGAAAGAAAUGGUGUCAAUGUCGUCAGUGGUCCUGUGUUUGACUUUGAUUAUGAUGGACAUUAUGAUCCUUCAGAGAUUCUGAGGCAAAAAAGAAGAGUCAUCCGUAAUCAAGAAAUUUUGAUUCCAACUCACUUCUUUAUUGUGCUAACAAGCUGUAAAGAUCCAUCUCAGACUCCUUUGCACUGUGAAAACUUAGACACCUUAGCUUUCAUUUUGCCUCACAGGUCUGAUAACAGUGAGAGCUGUGUGCAUGGGAAGCAUGAAUCCUCAUGGGUUGAAGAAUUGUUAAUGUUACACAGAGCACGAAUCACAGAUGUUGAGCACGUCACUGGACUCAGCUUCUAUCAACAAAGAAAAGAGCCAGUUUCAGACAUUUUAAAGCUGAAAACACAUUUGCUAACCUUUAGCCAAGAAGACUGAUAUUUUUUUAAUUCCCAAACACCAUAAAUCUUUUUGAGAGAACCUUAUAUUUUAUACAGUCCUCUAUCCACACUAUUGCGUUGUUCAGAAACUAUCGACCAGAGUUAGAACGGAGCCCUCGGUGACACGGACAUCUCAGGGAAACUUGCGUACUCAGCACAGCAGUGAGAGAGUGUUCCUGUUGAAUCUCGCACAUAUUUGAAUGUGUAAGCAUUGUAUACAUCGAUCAAGUUUGGGGGAAUAAAAACAGACCACACCUAAAACUGCCUUUUUGCUUCUCUUAAGGGAGAAGUAGCUGUGAACAUUGUCUGGAUACCAGAUAUUUGAAUCUUACUGUUGGUAACAAACCUUGAUGUAUUGGGCAAACAGUAGAUUUAUCGGUAGGAUUGGGGUAGCCCAUGUUACGUGACUAUCUUUAUGAGAAUUUUAAAGCGGUCAGGAUUUCUUUUAACUUGGAGUUUCAUUUCUUUUCAUUUUAAUCAGAAAAAAAAAAAUUAACAGAAGCCAAAAUACUUCUGAGACACUCUUUCAAUCUUUGUUGUAUAUCCCCUCCAAAGCCAAAUUAUUAACCUUGGGUUUUUGUUUUUCCUUUUUUAAUUUUUUUGAUUGGAUUUUUUUAGGUUUAAUGAUUCAAAUGAGUUCAACUUCAAGGAAAGAUCUUUGGCUAUACUUACCUAUUAUA